UGGUCGAGCCCAUCCACAGCGGAACGAGCCCCUGCAAGCCCGUCUCUCUCCCCUUGGCACACUUCUCCACCGGCGACGCCCGCAGCCGCACCCCUCGCCUUUCCGCCGCCGCCCCGCCGCCUCCAAUUUCUCUCCGGUAGGAGAACUGGAUCCCCCACGAGUACAGCACCAGAGUAAGAAGCAAUAGAGACGCCACCCGUCAUGGCAGACUACAAGCAGGAACAGGAGAUGGAGUUGGAGGCCCUGCAGGCCAUCCUCAUGGACGACAUCAAGGAGAUCGACCCUAGCGAAAGCGGGAUCGACACCAACUCCCGCUGCUUCGAGAUCCUGCUAUCCCCUCAGGAUGAUGAUUUCGACGAGGCAGCUCAUGUGCCAGUUCAAAUGGCUCUGGUUUUUGCACACACUGAGAAGUACCCAGAUGAGCCUCCACUUGUGAAUAUCAAAAGUGUACGGGGUAUUAAACCAGACGACCUCACAUCCUUGAAAGAAAAGCUUGACCAAGAGGCAACUGAGAAUCUUGGUAUGGCUAUGAUAUAUACUCUUCUCGACUCGGCUAAAGAAUGGUUAACUGAAAAAUAUGGUCAAAAUGCUGGAGAUGAGGAACCUGACAAAACUGAAGAACCAGCAGAGGAGGUCAUUAUACCCCAUGGUGAAGCUGUUACUGUAGAGAGCUUUAUGGCCUGGAGGGAACGUUUUGAAGCUGAAUUGGCGCUGCAGCGUGCUAAGCUUAUGCCAGAGUCAGCUCUUACUGCCCCAAAGGAAAAGAAACUCUCUGGAAGACAGUAUUUUGAAAGUGGAAGGCAUAUAACGAAAGGAGCAGGUACAGUUGCUGAAGAAGAUGAGGAAGAGGAGGAGGACAUCGAAUUCGAUGACGAUUUUGAAGAUGAUGAGGAGGACAUGCUCGAGCAUUUUUUAGCAGAACAGACGGGGAAAUCGUCAGCUUAGGCUUGGACACUGUAAAAGGGAACAUCAUGCUGCGCAAAAUCUAUUUUAGGGAAAGCCCGAUGUGUUGACAUAUAUCAUAGAGCUCACUAUCUUUGUGUGUUUUCCCCAUCAUUCAGUUGCCUCGUGGUGACUGACGACGUAGCUGCAUAAAUAUCUAAAAGCCGAGGUAGCAGUGGGUCUCUCUCACUGAUCAAAUUUGAGGCGUUGAGCAUGGAAGCAUCUGUGUAAUGUACUUCGUUGUGUAAUUUAUCGUGUUUUUUGUCUGGUGAACAUGUAUGCUUUGCAGAGAAUGUUAUAACUUCCGUUCUGUACGUGAAUAUUGUCAACGUGAUACUUCAAUCCAAGUUUACACCGGUAA